AAUAUAUUUUUUAUUUUUUAGCAGUUUAGAGUUUAUACCAUCUAUACCUGUUGAGGAUGAAAGUUUAAGGUUUUCAAUUAUGCACAAGACACCAUCAGGAUAAAAGACCACGCUCGGCAUGCUAGAAGCUAUGUUGCAGGGGACAUUAGACAAUGGAAUGUUAUUAUCAUUAGAAAAUACUGACGAAAGUGCGUUGUUAAAUAUGAGUGCACACUCAAUUUCAGGCAUGAUUUCCCCUGUAUCAUUAACAAGAGUUAUAGUGCGUGGUUUGCCUGGGUUGAUAACUUUCCAAGAUUUCUUGGGGUUGUCUGUUAACAUUUUAGGUAAGUCAUUAUUGAAAAAGGACUAUUUGUCAUUGCGGACAGCACGUAAGUAUCCUCUCUCAGCGGCGUACUAUUUAUGCCAUGAAGUUGGGCUUGGUUUCUGCUUGGCAUUACGAAAAAGUAUCUUUUUGUUAUUUUCCAACAUCUUUACAUUGUUAUUAAACCAGGGGUUUUUAUGGUUUGCACGGAAUGUUAUUUUCGGAAUAUACUUGUUUGCUAGAUAAUUAAUUUGUUUUUUAAACAGUUCCUAGUUUUCUUGUACAGAUCGUUCAUUGAAUGAGGUUUCAAAGACUGGAAAAAAAGUACACAAUUCUUCAUUUAUAGCUUCGAAGUUUGCUUUGUCAUAUAGGUUGAUAGUUUUGCUGGAAAAAACACGCAGUAGUGGGACAAAGUCAAAUGUGGCAUGAAUUACACUGUGGUCGCUGAUAGGAGGAAGGUAGGUAACCGAUGAUAAGGUCUCUGGAUGGUCAGUAAGCAUAAGGUCCAAAAUUUUUGCGCAGUAGCGCGUUACGCGUGUUGGCUCUGAGAUAAGCUGUGAUAAGUUAAAAUUCAAACAGAUGUCGACAAAGUCCUUCGCAUCUGUGUUGUUUAUUGCAGAAGUCAGGUUAUUCCAAUCAAUAAUGAGGAAGUUGAAGUCAGCGAACAGAAGUAUAUGAGCGUUAGGAUGGCUUGCUGUAAUCUGGCAGAAAGUACUGUUAAGUUCUGGUGAGAAGUUUGGAUUACUGGCAGGUGGCCUGUAGCACACGCCUAGAAUGGCAUAUCGAGGGGAAGAGCGAAUAAGAAGGCAUAGUAUUUCUAGGUUAGAAGAAAUAAUAAUUGGUGUACAGGAUAAUUCAUGACUGCAAGCAAUAAGAACUCCACCGUCGUGUGCCCCUUGAUGGUCACAGCGAUAAACAUCGAAGUAAAUAUGCCGCCGUACUGUCGAUGUGCUUGUAUAAUAAAAUCAUCUCAAUGAACUCAUCUGAACUCAUCUCAAUGAGUUCAAAUGUACGUAUACGCAAGUUCGGACCACAAAACCUACUAAUGAAGGCUCUUUUCAUGCAGCUAAUUUGAUGUUUGGUGCACGACUGCAUGUCAUUCUGCUCGGACGCACGUGUUAAUACGCGUAAUAAUAAAAUCCGCAAAAGCAAGAUGGCCACGUAUAGCGGAAAGUCGCAUUCAAUUACUGGCAACGCUGGCAUAAACAAAUGGAGUGUUUUGACGUUUUAACGCGAGCGUUUGAUGUUCGCUUUUUACGCGUCUUUGCCCAUAGAAUGGGUAUCCCUUGACUAGAUAAUGGUGUGCUGAUAGGCAGGUAACAUUUGCUAGCGCGGCCUACGUCGAGCAUCCCUCCUACAAAAACUGAACCAGGUAAGCGUUUCACAGUAAACGAACCCCUUCGCCCGUGUUUUUUAUCUUCGCCUAUUAUUUUCCCGACCGCAUCGAGCGUCUUUUGCAAACGACGUGUUCGUGCGCACACAAAAGCAUUAAAAAGGAAAAAAAAAGCAAAAAAAAAAAAAAGAUGAUGCGGUGCGUUUUGUUUGCAAACUGAACUACGUAAAGAACGCAUUUCACAGGGUGGAAAACCUCUUUGGAUCUUUCGCACAAAGAUGAAAACAUGGCGUCCGCAAUAACGAUGUUUCUUAUAAAAGGACUUCAGUGACAUUAUGAACUGUUUUUAAACGCUUCUUUCAAACCUUUAGCUUUUACAUGACCGCGUGUUUUGCACUUCACUUUGGUUCCGUUGUUAAAUUUGGCGUGCCGUCUUCUGAAAUGCGUUUGGAUUGAUUAAAGAACAUCGAAAGUGAUCUUGCUAGUCGCGCGAAGAUUUUUUAUUGUUCGGCGGCAGCGCGGAAAAACUUCAAACGAGAACCACGGGUGGAGAUGAACGCGCGAACUGUCGCUGCAAAUGAGUAGUGCGUAAAACAGUGGAAUAAUAGUUUGUAAUGGAGGCGGGAAGCAUAUAUAGUUGUGAAAUUCGCGCUCAAUUUUUGGAUGUGCUUCGAUGUUCAUCUGUGCUCCUCUGUCAACGUGACGCUAGGGCACUGCAUUUUCCUUGAUGAAAAGAGCUCUGAGUAAAAUAAUUGUUACUGUUCCAACACCUGCAGAGAUGGACACAAACUUGGUUUUGGGAAUGCAUCAAGGAAUGAGCUGUAGCAGCAUGGAUGGGAGCGACGUGAGAGGUCUGCACCCAUCAAGUGCUGCCAGUCACAUGGGGAUGAGUUGCAGUAGCAUGUCUCCUGGAGAUGUGAGAGGGAUCCACCAGACAAAUCAGCAUGCCAACCCGACGACUGCACUUGGUAUUGGCUGCAGCCCCAUGGGGAGUAGCGACAUUAGAACACUGCACCCUGCCAUUGACUCUGACCGAGGGUUGAGUGCUAACAACUUGCCAAACAGUGGCAGUGGCGGUAUGCACACAGCCAUGGAACGGGAAAAGGCGUCUGUCCACAGUGGCAGCACCAGUGGGGGUGGCAGCGGCAGCAACCUUGGCAACCCAUCUCCAUCUGGCGAGAACAUGGGCAAUUCUGCUGGCACUGGUGGAACUAACAGCAACUCUCCUGAGAACUCUGCUGGUGCAUCAAAAGACGAAGAAGAGCACAGUGGGCCUCCACCGCCUGCAGCUAAUAAGACUGGCAAGGAGCUUGUUCUGGCACCUCCCCGUGAAAGCAAACGGCCCAACAUGAAAAAGAGGAUGGACCUGUCCCUGGCAGACAAGGUUAAGAUAGUCUACUCUCUCAAGGAGCCUGGAGCAAAGCAUGGUGCAGUAGCGAAACUCUACGGCGUUGCACGGUCCACUGUUUGCAAGAUAAGCCAGAAGUCUGAAGAAAUCCUGCUUCAGUUUGAAACGGACAGCAACCAUGACCGCAAACGGCGACGUGAAGGCAAGGAACGCCAGGUAGGAGAAGAACUGUAUACGUGGUUCCAGAACCAGGUUGCACAAGGGUCUCGUCUGUCGGGCAAUGAUAUAAAGGAAAAAGCACGCCUAUUGGCUGCCCAGAAAGGCCAUCAUUUUGAGCCUUCUGAUGGCUGGCUCAGCCGCUGGAAACAGCGGCAUGGACUGUCAACACCACGAAAGGAAUCCUCCGCCUCCCAGCACCACUCAUCCCAGUUGAGCGGAGUAAGUGCUUCCGCCCCUCCUCAUUGGGUUUCCAGUGCAGAACUUGUGGCGCUUUUAAAACAGUACUCAGCCGACAAUGUUUUUGCGGCUGCUGAAGCGGCACUCUAUUACUCGGCCUAUCCAGCUGAUCGCUGCCAGCAGGAGUUGGUUAAAGACAAGAAGGCAACUGAGCGCAUCACACUUCUCAUUUGUGCUAAUUUGACUGGUACAGAGAAGAGGCCACUGCUGCUUGUUGGGGACAGUGGAGCAUCUCGGUCCUUUCCAGACGACCCUUCACGGCUGCCGCUCAUUUGCAAGUUUGCACAGAAGGCACGGAUGAAUGCUGCCAUUUUCACGGAGUGGCUUUCAUUCUGGGACUGGCAGUUGGGUCUCCACCAGCGCAGUGUGCUCCUGCUUGUUGAAAACACCCCAGCUCAUACAUCAAGUGCCCACCUGGAGAAUGUGCGACUCUACUUUCAUCCACAGCCAAUACUCAAGGGGGUUGCACGCAAUCUUAAAGCCCACUAUCGUUCACGGUUGUAUGGUCGGGUCUCAGCAUCUCUGAGUGUUCAGCGAAACACCCGGGCUGCCGACUUGAUUCGAAAGACAACAGUACUUGAUGCACUGUACUUAGUGCGAGAGUCAUGGGAUUCUGUCAAGGGAGACACUGUCUCUGGAGUGUUUGCUCAGGUGGGGCUUCCGUUGUGUGGAACACCACUGCCACGAGGGGGAGCUGGUGUAACAGGCAUGCAGGAUGUCUCAGUGCCACCAGGGCUGACCUAUGACGAAUUUUGCCGUUUUGUCAACCUGGAUGACUUUUUAGAAGGCGUAGUUGAUCGAGUAACAGAGACCCAAGAGGACGAGUACGAGGUAACGGACGAGGAAGCACUGAAGGCGAUCGAUUUCUUGCGUACAAUGGCUAUGCGGGAAGGGCGGGAUGAGUGGUACCGAUCGAGCCGGGAGAUGGAGGACUUCUGGCUGCAAAGAAUGGCCAACAAAAAAAAGCAGCAGCAGCAGCAGCCACAGCAGCAGCCACAGCAGCAGCAUUGAGUUUUGUAUUAUAUGAGCCACUGAAAACCGGUGUGAUUAAAUCAUUUUUAAUUUAAUUUUAGAAUAAGGGCCCCAAAGAUAUUGCAUCAGGUCCACUGUGCAUGUGCAACAUGCAGACAACAUUUGAGAGGUUGUUUGGGCGAGUUAAUAUUUAGUGAUGUUUAUAGUGCAGCUCGGAAUGAGUGAAGGAAACAAGAAGAAACAGGAGACAGGGGGCAUCUUCCUGUCUCCUGUUUCUUGUUGUUUGUCUUGUAUCCUUCAGUUAGCCUGAGUUGCAUUAAUUCAAGAAAACCGCAUUUGUAGUUUGUGCAGGGCAUGGUAUUUUUCAUGUAUAAUUGGCCACCCUAAACUUGCCCACAAGUUCUGUGCCUAUAAACAUGGUGGCGCCCAUCUAAGCAAAAGCUCUCAACUUACACUUAAUCGUGCUUGCUUUCUGAGCAGCUUGUAAUGUUAAUAUGCCUAUCACCUUCAUGUAAAUUGCAAACAUUGAACGACCAAUUACUGCUAUUUUUAGAUUGCUUGACAAUUUUGGAAGCUUCUAGACCCAAAAUGGGAAGGCAUUGCCAUUGCUAGUCGAGUGGAUGGAAAUGACUGCACAUCAGGAGCCAAUUAUUGAAAACUGGCUGAUAUUCUCAUUUAUUUCUGUUAGUGCUUGGGAUUGAUAUGAGCACUGAAUUGCGUAUAUGAACAUCGUUUAGUUUGUUUUUAUUUUCUUGUUAUGGCAUAGGUUUUGCAGUGGCAUUACAAGAGAAAGAUGCAAAGCAUGAUAGCAAAACUUGCCACUUUUAUAUAUCCCAAUUCUGCCAUGCACAAAGCUUAUUUGGGCCCUAAAAUGUUGUGUGUCUAUUCUAGAAUUCUUAUUUGUAGCACUGCAAUUAUGUGCCAUGGGAACAAUUCUUGAGCAUGCUGUGCUUGAGAAGUGUCAAUUAAUUGUGGUCUUGAAUGGCUGCUUUUACUUUUCUUCUUGUCGCACCUCAGAGCAUAAGUAAGCACUACAGGUGUUCUAAUGCCGACUUAAGCCCAGUGCUCUGAUGAGGCUCAAAAGUGCAUUCCCAAAGGACAAGUCUGUAUGUUUGUUAAUGUUGUUCCACAGUGUGCAGCACUUAUAAUGAUAUUUACAAGACUGUAAAUGCCAUCAUUAUAACUGAUUGUGUUAAUAUCUGGAAUGGCCUCAGGAAUACCUCUCGAGAACAUUUUACUCUUACGUAAGGGUGCCACUUUGCAAUUUUGGGUCAGAAAGAUAUCCUUAAGGACAACUCAGCACUACAGCUAAGCUCUUGGGAUCAUAUGUUCUGGUGAUGUAAGAGCAAUUUAACCUGUGAAAAAUGACUUUAUAUAAACAUGUAAACUAGUUUGUAAGAAACCGGUGUUUUAGGUAUUGAUCAACUUAAGUAUGUUUGAAAUGUAUGCUUAUUUCUACGGAUGCUUGCAUCUAAUUAUCACAUUCCGCAUAGCAGUCACUGCAUGUAGGCUGAAGGCAUUUCUUGAAGUACACGAAAGUGCAACAAAAUUUUGAGGCACAAAGACUGGUCUUCAAUGCAUCCAGCCUAUAUUGGCAUUGUUUCGUAGCAGAAUUUCACUGUUUAAUCUUAUUGGAUGCAUGGUUUUCCUGGAAAGCAGCAUUUCCAAAGUGAGGAUUUCAUUAUAUGUACCUGAUUAGUAUCUGAUAUAAUCAUCAAAUGCAGUUUAUUACAGCAAUUGCUAGAUGUUUCCAGAUCACAUCAAACAGGUGGUCUAGGUCACUGUAAAACGAUGUGAUUGCAGCCAACAAGGUACAAUGUCAUCUCUACAUUUACUCAAAAAGGUGAAGGCAGAGCGAUAAGCGAAGCGGUGGCUGCAGUGUCCAGCCCGGCUGAGAACGAGAGUACUUUCUGUUUGUUCAUGGCUUGAGCAUGCAUAGGGCUGAUAAUUAUGGCAGAUGAGGACUUGUGGUGAUGAAGAUGAAGCUACAGUCAGUCUUCAGUUUUGACAAAAUUUACAUACGUUGUAUAUUUUACCUGUAAUCAUCAUCUUAAGCUUACUCAAUUGUCUGUCAAAAAAUGAAAGCAUUCACGGGAAAGUUAUAAAUCUAAUUGUUGUUUUGAAUUGUUGCUCUUUAUGGGAAAUCUGAACAUGGUCACUUUUUGUUUCACACAUUCUUAUGAUGAGCAGUUUCAGUCAUAUUUAUUCCACAAAAGGAGUAGAAAAGCUUUUCAAAUGGUGACGAGAAUCAACUUGGUUGCUCCCGGAUCUAUGAAGUUCUCGUCAUUCUUUCUUUGCUGCAAUUCUCAGUUCUUUAGGCUGUAUAUUACUGCUGCGUCACUGAUGAUAUUGAGUCACACAGGGUGUCUAAUGCCAUGGCUGAUGGCUAGGACAGAGCAAACAUUUCAUGUCUUAAGUGUCCAAGUUCUUUUGUAUACACGCGUUGCAAAGACACGUUUGCAAUAUUUAUAGCAGGAGAGUUGUACUGACUGUACUAAGCACAGCACUCACCACGGUAGCUUAGUGGCUGUGGUGUUGCGCUGCUGAGCUCGAGGUCGCGGGUUUGAUCCCUGCCAUGGUGGCUGCAUUUUGAUGGGGCAAAGUUCAAGAACGCUUGUUUACUUAGAUUUGGGUGCACAUUAAAGAUCCCAUUUGGUCAGAAUAAUGCAAGAGGCCCUUACUAUGGCAUGCCUCGUAAUUAGAUCUUUGUUUGUGAUGUGAAACCCCAAGAUUCUUCUUUUUUUUUUUCUGCUGAGUACAGCACUUUCAGUGGUUCGCUUGUACAAGUGCUGGUCCACCCAAUGGCACAUGAUGAAGGCACCUAAUAUCAUAUGUGGGAUCAGUGUAAAUUGUAUUGUUCGUGCAUUCCUGUUAACAUUUCCCUAAGCAUCUGACGUACAUAUUUGUUCUGGGGUUGUCUGUAUCUUAGUUGGAGCAUAAAAAUUCUUGCCACGACCAGUAAGCUGAAUUGGCCUCACUUAUCGCUUUGUAACCUGUUGGGUGCACAACUAGUGGAAGAUUACUUUAUGCUUAUUGAUGGAGCAUAUCUUCAGCUUUCAUUUGUGCAUUGCAGGAAAAAAUUUAAAGUGGCUUUUCUUAGAAAGUGAUUUUCUAAAUUUUACAUUUUCACUAAACCGCUUCAUUUGAGGGAAAUGUUAAAAUAGAAAGUCAUUUGCCAGAGCCACAAAAUUCGGCCAGGAAAUAAUAUAGAUGUAUAAUAUAGACAAGUUUUGUUGCUCUUUAAAAUCUUUCCACUAAUAAAGUCCUAAAAUAAUGUUAUGUGCCAUGUGGUGUCAUUGCAAUUUCUUCAAGAAUGACACCCACAAAAUAGUGUAAUAAAGUUUGUUGCAGGCUCCGCUUUACUUUCUUUCAAGUCAGAAAAAGCAUUGCACUCGGGGAAUAUAUUGCUCUCUUAGAAUGCAUGCUUAUAGUUGAGAAAUUACAAACUUUUCCGAAAGAAGGCGCAAUGUUUUUUGUAAACAAGAAACAUUUUUUUCCUUAAGACUUUGUUCGAAAUUGUAUUUUUUAGGUUAGAAAUAUGCGGCAUGUGUAAAUUUUGUCAAAAUUGAAUAUAGUGACCUGGGUCACCUGUUCCAUCUUAUAUGGAAACAUCCAGCUGUUGUAGGCAUGUACCAGCUGCAUUGGCGGUGUUGUGGGUUGAUGCCAUAGGCUGUUGUCUUAGUUGUUCCUCAGUAAUGAUCAUCAUCACAUGGUUAUUCCAACACGAAAAUAAAAUGAUUGAAAUAA